CUAGGUUUUAUAAAUUUAAUGAUAAUUAUAGAUUCUCUACAACUCUGUAUAUUUGUAAACAAGUGCAAGUUUUUAUCAAGAUAUUAUUAACAGAUUAUUCGUGUGCAACUGUUAGGUUUAUAAUGAUUAGAAUGUAAAAUAAUUAUACACUAUCUUAAGUAAUUAUUAGUUAUUUAUAAAAAUGUUUGUAAAAUGUAUUAGUGUUGUUGUUUGUACUAUUUGUUUUUUAUACACCUUUUAUAUUUUAUGUAAUUUGACAUAUUUUUUAUCGAAUGUGUCAAAUAAAAAUAAAGAAACGAUUACUUCGCCAGAAAAGGAUGAAGAUACAGAGUCUGUAUUAUGGUUGCUAAUAAUAAACAUGUCUCUAUUAAGUAUUUUCAUGUUCCAACAUUCACUUAUGGCAAGUAAUGUUGUGAAACAUUUAUUUUGUAAAUUACAUAUGGAUUAUAUGGAAAGAAGUAUUUAUAAUGUUACUAGUGCUAUGACUCUUCAUUUAUUAUUUAACAAAUGGCGAACUAUUUCAUCUAUUGCAUUAUGGAAUGUUAAUAUAUCUUUUAAUAAUGUUUUGUGGUUUACAUUUACUGCUUUACAUGUAUUGGCUUGGUCAAUAAUUUAUAGUGGAUGUUUGAUGAUGGAUAUAUCUGAAUUAGUUGGAAUAAAACAAGUAUAUUAUAAGUUUUCAUUUAGACCAAGUCCUACGCUAAUGAAGUCAAAAGAAUUGUUACGUUAUUACUCACACAUGAGACAUCCAAGUUUUACAGGAUUUCUUAUUAUUUUAUGGGUAUAUCCUCAUAUGACAUUAGACCGAUUAUUAUUGGCUUUGAUACUUUCAAUUUACAUGACCUUAAUGUGGACUAUUGACAAGGAAGAUUACAAUUAUCAUGCUAAUCUUGUGAAGAGAAAACAAAGAGAAUUAUUCUGAUUUUCACUUAUACAUAGUAGUUUGCGUUAUCAACUUUUGUGUUCAUUACAAUUAAGUUAUAUAUUCAGUCGUUCUAACAUUAGUUUAAAA